AUGAGGUUGACAUUGGGUUCCCUGCUCCUCGGAGCCAGCGCGGUGCUCUCCGCGCCCGCCCAGCGGUCCGAGGCCGACGGCAGACACACCCUCUGGCUCGCCGGCGACAGCACCAUGGCGCCGGACGGCGGCCACAACGGCACCCAGGGCUGGGGCGAGUACCUGCACUACUCGCUCGACGCCUCCAGGAUCCGCGUCAACAACUCGGCCUACGCCGGCCGGAGCGCGCGCACCUUCACGCGCGAGGGCCGCUUCCAGCGCAUCAUCGACCAGGUCCAGCCGGGCGACUGGGUGGUCAUUGAGUUUGGCCACAACGACGGUCCUGGAAACCCCAUCAACGACACCGUCAAGAACCGAGUCGACUGCCCCGGCAUCGGAAACAACACCUGCCCGGUGACUUUCAAUGGCGAACCCGAGAUCGUCCAGACGUACACCACCUACCUGCGCAACGCGUCCUCCAUCUUCCUCUCCCUUGGCGCCAGGGUCGUCAUCUCGACCUCGACCCCGAUCAACCCGUACAGCACCGGGACCUUCUCCUGGGCCCCGACCAUCUACUCGUGGUACUCGUGGCACGUCGUCGAGUCCCUCGGCGGCCCCGCGGCCGGCAUCUACUACGUGCCUCACGGCAACUACAGCGCCCAGGCCCUCGAGGUGCAAGGCCCCGCCGCCGUCGUCGAGGGGUUCCCCAUGGACCCCGUCCACAUGUCGCCCAGGCUCGCCGACUCCUUCGCCGGCGCCUUCGUCCUCGGCUUGAAGUGCGGCACGUCGCCGCUGCAGCAGUAUGUCGUGAACGCCACGUCGAGGCUCGAGGGCGACAGGCUGGGUACUUGCCUGCAGGUGAAUGCGACGCUGCCCAUCUGA